GAUUUCAACUGAUAACUCUUGUUGCAUCGGGUGCUGUUCAAUGCCAAAUGUUGGACAUGACCUUUCCUGGAGUUGUGCCUAUGCACAAGGUUAAUUUUGCGGCGAAGAAUGAGUACGAGAUGAUACAAAACUACAAAGUCAUGCAAGAGGUCUUCACCAAACUCAAAAUCACCAAGCCGUUGGAAGUCAACAGGCUUGUCAAAGGUCGACCACUAGACAACUUGGAGUUUCUGCAAUGGCUUAAACGUUUCUGCGAUUCCAUUAAUGGUGGCAUUAUGAACGAGAACUACAAUCCAGUAGAACGAAGAUCAAGAGGUGGCAAAGAGAAAAGCAUCAAGGGAUCUAGUAAGGUCUCAAAGUCAUUGCAAACAAACAAUACACAUCAUACUCCUACAGUCACUGCUUCCAGCAAACCAACUGGUCCAAAGCAAGCAAGAUCACAUGCAAUUGGAGGUGGGAGCAACUCGUCGGCCGAAGUGCAAGCUCUAUCAAAGGAGCUUGAAGAUCUCAAGGUCGUUUAG